ACAGCGUGUCUCCCCCAUAAAUAUAAAGAAAUAUAUUCUCCGAAAAUACACAAUCUUAUCGGCAAUGCCACUGAAGUUCCACCGAUUGUGGCUGCCGUUGCUCCUGUUCGUUUGUCAUCUGCUGGCUGAUGUUCCGCAGUGCUUUCACUUUACUUGGGUUGGUGCCUACGAGAAUCACUCGAAUAUAAUCGCGGAAACCUGUAACUCCAGAGUCGGCGACUUCAAUGACAUACCCUGCGAAGAACCAUUGGUGGUGACACCCGACGACACAGUGCCGGAUGUGAAGGCUUUGUGGCAAAAUGCCACGGAAGACCGCGAGAACUUUCUGUGCCAAAUGUCGCCCGGUCGCUCGUGCGUGAAGUACUCCUACAUAUUCAAAGGCGGAAUACAAAACAUCACGUACAUGUGCGCCAAUGUGAACAACAGCAACGGGUGCUAUCGACAGACCCAUGCCACGGGAAUGGUGGUGGAGGCCUGUGUCUGCACCUCCCAAGUGGGCCUGAUACCCUGUAAUGGCGGCUCGAACUCCCAAAUCAGUGGUGCAACGGGCUUGGCUCUUUGUUUGCUCGGACUUUAUCAAUGGCUAAAUAAAUAGCGAAUACUUUGAA